CCCCGCUCCCCAUCUGGCCGCGGCCCCACUGGCCCCGCCCCCGGCCCCGCCUCCCGCCGCCAUGUUGCGGCUGUGGGCGCGCGGCGCGGGUGCGGCCUGCGUGGGCCCCGGCGGAGCCGCCGCGGUGGCAAUCUAGAAUUUCCUCCUCAACCAGCAUGGUAUGCGCUGAUUCUGCAGCCGCAGAAGAGCUGCUGCCCGUCUCCCAAAGUCCCCUGGAAUCACUCUGCCAGCGGAAGGUUUGUGGACACCAGUCCCACUGAACCUCAGCCCCACAGCUGUUGGAAGCUGAGCCGCAGCAGGAAGCCCUGGGGUUUGAUGUAGAGCCUCAAGCAACUCCAGCAGGGUUUUUGAAUGGCUCAGAGGCUCCUAGGUUCUCUACCUCCUGGAAGAACAUGCUGUAGUGAGGCUGGGUUUGCAUCUUGAAAUCCAUGCAUUUGACUCCAUGUAGCUUUCAUCAUGGGGGACAUGAAAACCCCGGACUUUGAUGAUCUCUUGGCUGCUUUUGACAUCCCUGAUGCGACAAGCCUCGAUGCCAAGGAGACCAUCCCGUCAGCUGGGGAGGAGAACGAGAAUCACCUGAAGUCAUCAGGGAUCUGCAUUGACGAGAACGUGUCCUUGUCUCACUCGCUGCCACCCUCUGACACCCCUGUUGUGAGCGUGAUAGUGAAGAACACGAGCCGCCAGGAGUCCUUUGAAGCAGAAAAGGAAGGGAGUCACCUCGGCACUGGCCUGCUGCACAACGGGUUCCGUGGGCCCGAUUUGCCAUCGGAGGCUCACGCUUUAGUGCAUAAUUAUGGCAAGUUUGAGUCAAGCUUUAUUAAUGGCGACAGCUCCCGGGGUUACUCGGAUAAAAUGGAGCAAUCCAAGCCAGAGCCUCUGCCCACGUUUAGCCAGUUUAGCCCCAUUUCCAGCCCCGAGCCUGAGGAUGCUUUCAAGGAGAACAGCAUUGGGGAUAAACCUAAACAUGCCCAAACUCCCUAUUUCCCACCGCCUUCCAUGUACAUCCCUACAGGAGCUUCGGUACUGGAUCAUCUCCGGAAGGGACCAGAGCCAGAACUGAGCAUGUUUGACCAGUACUGUAAAAAGGAACAAAAGCUGGAAACCCACUGCCAGCCGGAGAGCAGGCUGGAAGCAAGCAGGAGAGAACAAGACCGCGCAACGGAGAGGUUUGCAGAGUCAAACAAGGACUUGGUAGACACCAACAGCUUUCUGGGAGAAGGCUUGGUGUUUGGAGACCUCCAGCACAAUAAUUUUGGAGAAAGCAAGGGUCCUGUGCCCGAGCUGAGCGCAUCCUCAUCGGUGCCGCCUCGCCAGCGGUUGAAGCCGACUCAUUCAAAGCUGUCAUCCUGCGUGGCGGCAUUGGUAGCUCUUCAGGCCAAAAAGGUUGCGUGUGUUCCAAAAGGCGAUCAGCCAACCCUUCCCAAGGAACCCGGCCCUUUUAAAGAUGGGACGAAGGGAAGUCCAAAAAUGCCCAAGUCGCCAAAGAGUCCCCGAAGCCCCUUGGAGGCAGUGAGGAAGGCUGGGAAGCAGCCUGAGAGCCCUCGGAGUGUGUGCAGUGACAGCAGCGGGAAAGGCUCUCCUUCCAUGGCAGCUGGCUCUCCGCCUGCUAUUCCCAAAGUCAGGAUAAAGACUAUCAAGACAUCCUCUGGUGAAAUUAAAAGAACUGUAACAAGGAUUUUGCCAGAAAGUGAUGAGUUGGGUAAGUUUUCGGAGGAGUUGCCUGCGGAAACCUCAUCUGCGGAAGAGUUUAGCAAAUCCUUCCCGUCCCCUGACACUGGCACGGUGACGGAAAGCGAGGCUGGCAGGAAUCCGGCCAAACCCGGGACUGCUGUGGCCAUCCAGCUGUCAAACGCAGCGAGUCCUUACACAGACAGAAUGAAGAUGGAUCUUGCUGCGACCACCAUGUGCACAGUGUCCUUGUCCCCGCUCCCGACCUGCGGCAGCGGUGCCAUCAAGGUUGGCGUGAAGAGGCAGCAGCAGGGAGGAGCCACGCUGCCGUCCAGCGCUGCCUCCAGCCUGCUGCCCAAAGCUGUGCACUUGGCCAAUCUCAACUUGGUCCCCCACAGUGUUGCUGCUUCUGUGACAGCAAAGUCCUCGGUGCAGAGGCGAAACCAGGUGACGCAGAUGUCUGUGCCACUGGUCCACCAGGUCAAGAAAGCUGCUCCUGUCAUCGUGGAGGCCUUUAACAAAGUACUGCACAGCGCCAAUCCUGUGCCCGUCUAUACUCCCAACCUCAGCCCUCCGCCAGACACCAGUAUUAAUUUACCCGCCUCCGGGUAUUUGUGCCUGGAAUGUGGAGACUCAUUUGCCUUAGAGAAGAGCCUGACGCAACAUUAUAGCCGGCGGAGUGUCCACAUUGAGGUGAUGUGCACGCAGUGCUCCACCACGCUCCUGUUCUUCAACAAGUGCAGCUUGCUUAAGCAUGCACGAGACCACAAGAGCAAAGGGUUGAUCAUGCAGUGCUCCCAGCUCCUCAUGAAACCCAUCUCCGUUGACCAAAUGUUUUCACCUUCUCCCACAAGCUCUUCUGCCUCUCCGGCUCCGCAGACUUUGCACUCGCCCUCGCGUAAGCCCAGUGCCGCUGUGGGAGGCGUGGUGGGGAUUUCGGCUCAUGCUCAGCCGGCCUUGCCGCUCUACACAAACCCAUUGAUGCUGAUCCGUCACGGACUGAAGUGUUUGGAGUGUAACAAGCAGGCGCAGGAUUAUGUUGCUUUAGCGGCUCAUUACCAGAGAACCUCAGAGAAUAAUGAGAGGCUGACGUGCCAGGUAUGCCAGAUGAUGCUGCCCAACCAGUGCAGCUUCUGCGCCCAUCAGAGGAUCCACGCUCACAAGUCUCCCUACUGCUGCCCGGAGUGCGGAGCUGUCUGCCGCUCAGCCUACUUCCAGACCCAUGUCAAGGAGAACUGCCUGCACUACUCCCGCAAAGUCGGAUUUAGGUGCAUCCAUUGCAGCGUUGUCUUCAUGACCCUCGCCAUGCUGAAAGUGCACAUCCAUGAGAAGCACUGCGAAGUCUUCCACAAGUGUUCUUUUUGCCCCAUGGCCUUCAAGUCGGCCGACAGCACCAUGGCUCACAUGGCCAGCCAGCAUCCGGCAGAGCCUCACAAGACUACUCAGGUGAUCUACAAAUGCUCCUGUGAGACGGUCUUUAACAAGAAGAAGCUGCUCCAGGAGCACUUCCAGCAGAACACCAACAAGCUGUUGGUGGGAGUGUUCAAGUGCCCACAAUGCCAGCUGGUCUACAUGCAGAAACAGCAGCUGAUGCAGCAUGUGAAAGGUGUUCAUGGAGUUCCCCAAAAUCCCGAGGAGCUCUUAAACUUUCGACCGAAGUCUGAGAAGGCAUUGAGGAAUCAGGUUCAUUCCCUACCAAAGGAGCUGUCGGUAGCCAAUGGGACUUCCCACUCCCCUCUGAGGAGGAAAGAGAUGAGGGUGGAGGGACACAAUUCCGAAUCCAAGUCCAGACUGAGAAGAACUGGUUGGACAUGCAAGGAAUGUUCGCAGUGGAUGCCUGAUCGGGAAACCUAUGUGUCCCACAUGAAAAGAAAUCAUGGAAGGCCUAUGAAGAGAUUCCCCUGCCGGCAGUGCGAGCGCUCCUUCAACGCCUCCAACAGCUUGCGCAGACACAUCCGCAACAACCACGACACAGCAAAGAAGGUUUACACCUGCUGGUACUGCACCGAUGGAAACCAGACAUUUCCACAGCCAUUUAUGCUGGAGAAUCACAUCAGCCUUAUGCACGGCAUCAAAAACCCGGACUUAUCCCAGAUGGCCAAAGCGAGAGCUCCCGAGCGAGACCCAGCUGAAGCAAAAUCUCCAAAGAGGACGGCAGUGGAGGAGCCAGGGCGGGCAGAGACGGCAGUGGGAGCAGCCGUGCCGCCAGCCAAAAAACUGCGAGCGCCCUGGAAAUGCGCCAAGUGCGGAUUCGCAACUGAUGUCAGCACUGAGUUCCAGGAACACAUUCCCCGGCACAAAGCAGACAGCUCCACCUUCCAGUGCCUCUUCUGCGGGCUCUGCUACACCUCCAGCAUCUCCCUCAACAGACACCUUUUCAUCGUUCACAAAGUAAAGGACGAGGAGGAGGAGGAAGAGGAGGAGGAGAGGCAGAAGGAGCAAAGGGAGAUGAGCAAGAACGGACUGGAGGGGUACAACGGUGAGGCAAACACUACGGCAGAAGCAGACCCGGCGUGCAAGGAGCAUGGCAGUGACUCAGCUGUGUGCGACUGCGGGCCACCGCGCACGGGGUCCUCACAGCUCCUCGCAGAACACUCGCUCAAAGUCUCUUAGACUUAAAAAGACCCUUUUGGUUCAUUGGGGGGAGGGGUUGUUGGGGGGUUUUUACUCAAAAUAUGGGGUGGGGUUGAAAUCUUUGA